AUGAACUCUGACAACACUGACGAUAACAUGAACUCUGACAACACUGACGAUAACAUGAACUCUGACAACACUGACGAUAACAUGAACUCUGACAACACUGACGAUAACAUGAACUCUGACAACACUGACGAUAACAUGAACACUGACAACACUGACGAUAACAUGAACUCUGACAACACUGACAAUAACAUGAACUCUGACAACACUGACGAUAACAUGAACACUGACAACACUGAUGAUAACAUGAACACUGACCAACACUGA